ACAGAUACAUUUUAUGGAAAUUUGUAUCUGUUUUCAUCAUCUGCCAUAUCUGUUGCAAGCUCAGUAUUAUGAACAGAGACUGCGAGAGAACGUUCUUGAGUACUCAAGCAAUUUCAAGUUUUUACUUAAUGGAUUUCUAGUGGAAUACUACUUGGAGGAGUCUGACCACGUCACCAAGGAGCCCAUGUCUCUGGUUAUGUUGGAACAAGUAGAUUUUAUGGAAAUUUGUAUCUGUUUUCGUUAUCUGCCAUAUCUGUUGCAAGCUCAGUAUUAUGAACAGAGACUGAGAGAGAACGUUCUUGAGUACUCAAACAAUUUCAAGUUUUUACUCAAUGGAUUUCAAGUGGAAUACUACUUGGAGGAGUCUGACCACGUCACCAAGGAGCCCAUGUCUCUGGUUAUGUUGAAACAGGUUGCAGUUUCUGAUGCGAAGGAGCAGCUAGUGGGUGCAGAUGAAAAGGAAGCCAAUGAAGCGGCUGCUAUUGCCCAGGGUAUUCAGGAGGAGUGCAAUGGAGACCUUGCCGAGGCAAUGCCAGCCAUGAACACUCCCCUGAAUGAAACUACACAUUCUGGGGAAGAAUAACUCAGACCUCUUACAAUGAUGUUUCCACAAAUACCACACAAGAAACAAUUCAGCUUUCACAGAGAUCAAAGAACAGGACUCUGCAUUUCUGCCUUGUGGAAUUCUCUGAAGUAAUAAAGGAGCACCUAAGUUGUGCUUUCAAGGCA